AUGCUUGCUUUAGAAAAUGAGCGGAUUAUUACUAAGAAGACAAGCUCUCCUGAUGCCACGAGCGAGGCUGGCACAAAGGAGAAUGUUUCUUCAACAGCCGUCAAAAUGCUUUCGAGGACCAUGAUUACAGUAUUGGAAAAGCUUCCGAGUAAAGUAUACGACUUGUCCAAUAACCUCUUAGGAGAGCUUCGAUUGGAUGAAAAGGGUCAAUUUCCCGGCAGCGGGCAAAUAGCGUGCAUCGUUUUAAUCGACAUCUUGGAAACCUAUCCGCUCCAUGUGGCGUCGUUGAUAAACUUUGCUGUAACGCAAAUUUACAAAAUUUUGAAGAAAAAUGCAAUUGUGAGUAGCAACCUUGUGUUCUUGCUCAGUACAGUGGUCAAGGGAGCUCUUAAAUCCGACAUUGACGAAAAGUUCCUGGCCAAAAUAGUAAAGCUUGUUCUGAAGACAAUCUCUCAGCACAGCAUUCUCAUUUCUGAAUUGCCAGAAGCUGCUUUAGAGAAUGGACCAAGUAUUCCCAUGGUAUCUUACUAUAUCCAAGCCUUGAAAAAUCUUUUGGUCUUGCAAGCGUCAUCCCACUACGAGACAUUGCUAGAAACAUCUGCUUCAUCAACCUCAAGCAGUAAAUUGAAGCCGGAGGCUAUCAUGGCUCAGCAGGAUCUGUUCCAACAGGCUAUUCUUUCAACCCACGAGAAAGUGUUUUUAUUUGGUUUACAAUCUCAGUUUUCAGAGGUUCGUAGCGCCACCGUUGACCUCCUUGCCAACGUACUCAUAAAUUUUGUUGCAACUGGAAAAUUCAGCCCAGCCAAUUACUUACUUGGACUAUACCCAAUGCCAGAAAUGAAUUUGUGGAACGAAUCUAUGACGUGCAUGGUUGGCGCAGAUGCUGAACCCAUUCUGGAUGUGAAGAAAGAAGCCCAUGUGUUUUCAAAUUACGACACAGAGGCAAAGCCAGGUUCAACCUUGAACACUCUUUUACUUCAAGUAGGUGUGGUUGAAGCCUUUGUAUUUUAUGUUCAGUUGGAACUGUUGCAGGAUAAAGAUUUCCUUGCCUCGUCAUUGACGAGUCUUAUCAAUUCAAUUUUAUUUUUGUUUGAUGACAUGAGUCACGUUUUGCAUAUUCAAAACGGAGCUUGGGCAAGGACUUUGUCUCAGUGGGCCAAAGUAGUAGAGUUUCUCAUCACUGAAAGUGGAGCACAGCUGCACGAUACGAUGGCUCGUUUUGUGAUGCUGCAUUUUUCGUCAUCGCAAGAUGAAUCUUCACGUGCCGAAAACUCAGUUUCGAAAGGAUUGAGCAACGAAAAAAAACGUGAAUCAGGCUUGUUUGGGUUCAAAGCAUUGAAGAAAAGCAAGAAAAAGGGACUUGGACAGUGUCAAAUAAACCUAUACACGAAUCCGUACCAAUUGAAUUUGGCCUUGAAAAUCGUGACCUUACUUGUUUCACACAGUGUUGACUUCAACUCUUUGGUUCAUUCCAAAAGCAAUGAAACUCUGGUGGGGGAUGUGGACAAUGACGACGAUGAACAGGUUGAUGAAGAUGAGAAUCAUUCUACUACGAAAAGAAAUAGCUACGUCAGUGAUUUGCUCCUUUCGUUGCUUGCCAAUGAAUCUGAAUACAUUAGAAAUUACAGCUUGGUUUGUCUUCUUGACUAUGCUGCUGUGAACCGGUCAGAAAGCAAUCGUCUAAGCUUGGAAGUAUUCGCAAUGGUAAGCCAGGAAUUCAAUUCUCAAAACCUGAAUGAGACUACAGCUCCUCCAACGGAUAGAAAUAUCACAAAGUCUGGCAUAACCAAGUUGUUAUCGUACGCACUUGCUUUGCUGGCUCUCAUCAAGCAAUCCGACAUAACCCUGCUUCAAAACUCCACCGUCGCAAAACUCGUAAGUUUUUGCACACAAAAUUUGAAGCACAAUAGCUCUGUUGGGCUGAAAAAUAUAAAGAAUGGUGGUUUCUGGAUAAUUUUGUCAGCUCUUGUGACCUUUUACCAUGAGUCUGAGUUUGUGAAGUUGAACUCGUCGCAGUUUUUGGUUUUCUGGAAAAACUUGUUAACAUCUCAAUUUACCACUUCGGCAUUAUCAGGAGACUCAACACUUGGAAAUAUACGAGACGUGGUUCAAAAUUUAAAACUCAGAACUUUCAGCUUACUCUGUUUGUUGAAUUACAUAUCUGCAGUUGAAGCCACUCCGGAGCUUAUGAAGCAACUCCAAUUUCUCUUGAUCAAAUCUCAAAAGUACUUGGUUUUUCUCGAGAGUGAAUUUGGUGCUUUGGGACUCGUUACAGGGUUCAAUCCUCAGGCAUUCAACGAGUCCGAAUACAGCCCUUACCUAGCCAGCAAUUUCCUUUUUUCCAAUUACUCCGAAGGAAAGAAAUUGUCUAAGGAGCAUCAACUAGCAAGUUUGAUACUUUAUAACAAAAAGAUUGUUAUGCAAGGUUUUGUUAAAAUUGCCCAUUCUCUCAAAGGAGAAGUUAACUCUACUUUGGUGAUUCUCCUUCUCAAGAUUUUUGCAGAUGCCAAACUUUUUUCCAGACACACAUCCAGUGACACCACCAAGGACAAAAGCAAGAUAAUCAAGUCCAAGCAGCCAGCCUUGAAGUUUGUUCAUCAAGACGACAGUUUUAUUUUCCUAGAGGAAGAUUGCAACUACAACUUUGGUGUUACAAGUAAAUUUCUGUCUGAUACCCCAAAGAUUGAUGAAAUUUGUUACAGAGACAAAUUAUCUCAGCUGCUUCGUGAGGGAAUGCCAUACACGAGCUCAUUUUUCCGUGAGCCAGCAAUGUACUUCGAGUCUUGUAUCGAAAACCUGUCAGCCUCUGAUAUUCUUAGCUGGUCAGACGCAUUUGAGUCAAUGCAAAACCUGACUGCCUGCCACAGCAUAAACUUUGAUCCGGCUACUUUAAUUUUAAACCGCUACUCUUUAUGCCAUGAAUAUUCGACAAAUGUGAUAACAUCCCUAGUUGAUCUUUCCAUUGAGCUUUUUCAACUUGUGUUUAUUGGAUUGAGCUACAAGAUCCAAUUUUCCCUUCUUGAACAGCUAAGAUCUUCUCUCAGUGUUAAGCAGGUGGACCCAUUACGCCGCAAAGCUUUGAUGAUCAAUAUCGGAGUUGCUGUCCAUGGUCUCUUAAGCCAUACCGUGAAAACGAAAAUGUCUCUCAGCGAAGACUUGGUGCUACUUCUUCUUGAAAUCAUAGAUCUAAUCGACUCUACGGACCCCGCAUUGGUAUCCAUUUGUGCAGAUCUGGUCGGGUUAGCUGCACAUUUGCUUGAGAAGCCGAAAGUGGAAGAGGUUAUUGCAACUAUAAUCGGCAAGAUCGUUAUCGACUCCUCUCCGUUCCAUAGGGGCCGCUGCGUUUUCUCUCUCGCAAAAAUCAACCAUUACACUCAUUCUGGAUUCAUUGAAAUCCAUGAUGUUAUGAUUCAGUUGAUUAAAGACGCACAUCCAGUGAUUUCAUAUUAUAGCCUGAGAGCGGCAACAAUUCUCUUUGAGAACCCUCUCGGCAAUCAGUCUUUGAUUGAAGAAAUCUUGACCUUGACUUAUUCCAACUUUAUUUCGGACAGUCUCAGCUUGACCGACUCGAAUAUUAUGUAUACAAAUUUGCGCUCCAAAUAUGGCUUCGCAAGUACUGUGGCUAGCUUGGUGAGAGUCUGUAUCACAUCCUUGGGACCUCGAGUACGAGACUGCCACACAGCAACCAAAACCAAAAUUUUUCAGAUUUUACUUUUAUUGUCGCGUGGAAUUCGUUGUCUGAGCAUGAAUGACCUCCUCAAUUCUGUCUCAACAGUUUUGUUGGCAUGUCAGGAAUUGAUUAUUUUCGACCCAGCCUUGACUAGGGGUUUUGCCAAGUGGUUUAAAAAAUUUGCUCUUGUGAUCGUUCAAUCAAAUUUGAAGAUUGGAAUUGGAAAUGUGAGACCUACAUCCAUUAACCUGGAUCAAAUUUUUUCGUUCACAACGAGUCAAGAACUACUUCAACAAGCGCUUGUCAGCUUGGCAGAAAUGACAAAAGUUGGAAUCAAAACGUUGGGGAAAGAAUCAUUGAACUUGGCGUGGGUUCUGAUGGAAAUAAAGCCUUGUAGAGAGCUCAAGUCACUCAUCUCUUACUGGAUAGAUUAUAAUCCAGAAGCUAAUUGGUUUCACCAACUAACUCAGCUUUUUAACAUGUCUUCAAGAAAGUUGACAGGAAAAUUCAUUGAAAUCAACUACCAGCAAAAGUUGCUACCUUUCCAACAAAGACACAAGAAAGUCAACACGGAUGCUAACUUCCUUUUCACUGACGAAGAAGCACAAAACAUCGUGGAAACUCACGAAGAGAUGGACAAUCAAAACCAGCCCAUCAACUGGGAUUUCAGACUGCUUAUUUAUGACUUGCUCAUCAAAUUUCUAUCUGAUUCAAAAAAGAAUCCACAUUUAGCUGCUAAGCUAGAGCCCAAAAUUCAAGAAAUAGUGCGUAUUUCGUUUUUAGGCACCGCAACCCCAAUUGUCUCCAUCAAAAUUAAGGGAGUGGAACUUCUUAGCAAUGCAUUAGAUGUAUUUGGCCACUUGGAAGAUCCAUUAUACCCUGGGGUAUCGAUUCUCGAGCAGCAACAGGCUCAAAUUAUCAGUGCUUUGAUUCCAUGUUUCAGUUCCGAUAGUGAUGCGAGUGUAAUUGUUGAGGCAAUCGAUGUUUCUUCCAAGUUUAUCAAUCUUCCUCGUAUCAACUUUUAUUCGAAACAGAGAAUUUUGCGGACGAUGAUUUACUUGUUAGAAGAGGUUUCGUCCAACAAGUUUUUAAAAUUCGUUCACUUAGAGACAAUGGCCGAGUACGGCAGAAAAGCCAUUCAGUUGUCAAUUUUGAAUUGCUGGGCGGUUCUUCACGUGAAUUUUGCAACUACCCACGGAACUAGUGAGCCCGAAUUUGAAGAGAUUUUGCAAAAGUACUCCAAGUUGUUGAUUUCGCUUUGGAUUCUAGUUCUCAAAGAACUCUCCAGCCUAAGGUAUAAUCAGCCAAAUUCAAAGGACCUAGAACUAUACGAGAACUAUUGGCUCAACUUUGUUGGUGUACUCAGUCUCAUUCUCGAGAAAGAUGCUUCGGCUAUCCAAAACGCUUUGCAAGACGAGGAGGAUAACUUUUUCUUUGUAAUGUUCUGUCAGUGCUCAGAGGCUUUGAUAAAAAAUCACAAUGUUUCCCAGGUAUUGAAGUCUGUCAACAGGCUUGUCAGAGUCCCGGGUCUUGCAAUGUCAUUGUUCUACGAAGACGUUUUUGGAGAAGUGAUUGACCUUUUAGAUCGCCUAAUCUUGAUGGAAAAGGAGACUGAGACAAAGUGCGAGGUCAUAGAAACGGUGAGUGUUUUAUUUGAAGCAUUUUCCAAAAUCUCGAAACCGAAUGAUUCUUCGUUUGUUAAGUACUCGGAGCUAAUGAGAGUGGCUAUGCUUCCUCUCUUUGAGAUAUUCCCUUUCUUGCGUCAGGAUUUCGACCCAGAAGAUGAGUCAAGCAAGAUACUUCUCAAAAGAUGUGGUUCACAGAGCAGUCUCACCUUGGCAAGCAAAGAAUUUGCCGUACUUGCACGUAUGAUGCAAGGUUUCUCUCAAGAAUCAAAAAGCGACUUGAUCUCGUGUAUGUUCUAUUUGAUCGCUAAGUUCUUUGAAUUCGGGAAUGAUGCUUUAAUUGGAGCUACCUUACCAUUUUUGAAAACAAUUGUAUCACAAGCUCGCAACACUAAUGACGAGUUGCUUUGCUCCUUUGUCAAGGUUUUGAAGUCCAACGGGCUCUUCGGCUCUGCGAUCAGCAAAAAAACGUACAUCAUUACCAUGGUGAUAUUGAUUACUGGGGGAAACGUUACUUUUGACGAGCAAGAGAUAUCGAGCUUUUCUCAGUCGUUGGUUGACGGAAUUUCUGAUGACGAUCUAGCAUCAAUGAGCAUUCAAUCUAUCAAAUCAAUCAUUAAUCAUGCAGGGCUGUCAAGUGCUUCAGCCACAGUGACGAAAGCGAUUUUGAGGGGCACACUCGACUCGUUGUUGAAUUACGAUGAUCAACAGGAAGUCGUCACGAAGGUCAAGUUCGAGAUUGUUUACAUGUUUAACCAAUCUCUGUUGAUUGAUGAAAUGGAAAAGGGGACUGCCUUCACUAGUCUCAUUAUUCCUUUGCUUAUAAACUACGAUGAAAGGGGCGUUUUGAGCAGAGAUUACUUGCAUGAGAAAAUGCUAGACCUCAUGAACAGCAGGAUAGACAGCUUUAAGAAGGUUGUCGUGGAACAGCUAAAUGAUGAGCAGAGGAAGGCGGCCGAGGCCUUAGUGACGCACAGCAAGCAGCGCGCGGAUGGCGGCGCGGACAGCGGAAGUAUCGAGUUGAAGUCCUUCGCUUGA